AUGCAUAUGGUCAAUUUAGCUAGGUUAAAUGGUCGAGUGCAUUUAUAUGUUGUGCAUUGUGUGUCUCAAGGUUAUGUCAUUCAGAUGAUUGAAUAUAAUGUACAUGAAGAACAGUUAGAUGAGGGGGUACAACAUGAAGGUGGUGAGAGUGCAAAGUUGGAUGUGGACAGAAUAGAAGUUGAGGUUGAUGGUGAGGAAGUACAAGUUGAUGUUGGUGAGGAACAUGAUGAAGCUGUUAAUGAGAGAAUAGAAGUUCAUGUUGAUGGUGAGGAAGUACAAGUUGAUGUUCGUGAGAGUGAGGGAAUAGAAGUGGAUGUUCAUGUUGAGGAAGUAGAAGUGGAUGUUGGUGAGAGUGAGGGAAUACAAAAAGAGGAAGGUCAUGAUGAGGGGACAAUUGUAGUUAACACAACAAUUGUGAAUGAAUGGAGUUCAUCAGAUGAUGAUAUUGGUCAAGUGAAUAUUGUGGAUGGUGAAGUGAAUAUUAUGGAUGAUGAAGUGCAUAGUGUGGAUGGUUUAGUAGACGUAAACAUCCAAUGUGACUUUAGUCAAAGAGAUAGUUCAGCCAAUAUGGAACUUGAUUGCAGUGUUAUUUCUGAGUCAGAUUUGGAACAACAUCAUGAGUCAGAUUUAGAAGAACGUGACAUUAGUGAUAGUAGUUUAUUCACUGAUGAAUGGGAGUCUGAGGAGUUAACUUCUCCUUAUAUAAGUGAUGAAGAAAAUGAUGUUGAAGAGGGAUAUGGUAAUUUUGAUACAUUCACUAUGCCUAAAAGGAUGGUUGAUUUCAAGUGGGAGGUGGGAACAUAUUUUGGGCAGAAAGUGGACAUCUUGGAUGCCAUCAAAACAUACUCACUAGAGAAUGGAAAAAAACUGAAAUUUAUUAAAAAUGAUAAAAGAAGAAUAAGGAUUAAGUGUAUGGGAGCAAAAGGAGAAUGUCCUUGGAUGGCUUAUUUUGCUUACAUGGAGGCAAUAGAUACAUGGCAUUUAAGGAUUGUGGUUGAUGGACACACAUGCAGUAGGGAGCAUAAGUUGGGUGUAUUCAAUGCAAGAUGGCUAAGUAAAAAAUUGGAAAAGACAGUAAGAGAGAAUCCUACAGUUAAGGGACUUGACAUUAGAGAUAAAAUAAGUAGGAAAUGGAACAUAGCAAUAAGUAAAAAUAUGGCUUAUAGAGCAAAGAAAUUUGCUUCAGAUGAGGUGGAAGGGUCAUUCACUAAGCAAUAUACUAGAAUAUAUGAUUACGCUUAUGAGCUCUUAGCUAGAAACCCAGGUUCCACUAUCAAGGUCAAAUUUCAAGAAAAUGAUCAACAACGAAUUUUUGAAAGGUUCUACGCAUGCCUCAAGGCAUGCAAAGAUAGCUUUCUCUCAUGUAGGCCAAUCAUUGGCCUUGAUGGAGCAUUCUUGAAAGGUAGAUAUGGUGGAGAGUUGUUAACUGUUGUUGCUCGAGAUGCAAAUGAUCAAAUGAUGCCACUAGCAUAUGCUGUAGUAGAGGUGAAGAACAAGGAGACUUGGAAAUGGUUUAUGGAGCUACUAAUUGAAGACCUAGGUGGACCUGACUUCUGUUACUCACUUACAUUGUUAUCAGAUCAACAAAGGAAGAAAUUUCCUGGAAAGAAUCUAAAGAAGCUGAUGUGGAGGGCAACACUGGAAACACACCCACAGAAAUGGGAGACUGAAAUGAGAAGUAUAAGAGAAGUAAACCAAGAAGCGUUUCGCCACUUGAUAGCAAUUGCUCCAAGGUUUUGGUCCAGAUCAAGGUUCAUAACCACAACUCAAUGUGAUACCUUGGUCAAUAACAUGUCAGAAGCGUUUAAUAGCGUUUUGGUGCAUAUGAGGACAAAACCAAUUAUUACAAUGUUGGAGGAAAUCAGACUUUAUAUCAUGAAGAGGUGGGCCACUAAUAGGUCAAGGGUGAAGUCAUUUAAGUCAGCCAUUUGUCCAAAAAUCAUGAGUAGACUACGAAAGGAGGCCCUUCAAACACAGUACUGGAUUCCCAGAAAAUGGAGCAUCAGUGGAGUACCCUGUGCUCAUGCCUUGGCAGCAAUGAGAUUUCUCAACCUGAAUGAAGAGGACUACAUACCUGCAUGCUUUCACACUUCAACAUAUGAACAAAUCUACUCCUCUAUCAUAUAUCCUAUAAACGGAAACAACUUGUGGGAGGUAACCCAAUAUGAAGAUGUCAUGCCUCCAUCAAAAAGAAAGCUGUGUGGUCGUCCAAAGAAGAAAAGGAGGUUAGAGCAGUGGGAGUUGCAUAAAGAUAACACCAGGAUGACCAAAGGAGGAUUGCUUAAGAGAUGCAGCAAGUGUAGGGAAGUGGGUCACAACAAAAAACGUUGUCCCAAGACAGAUGAACAAGUUGUUUUGCAGUCACAGGGAGAAGCACCCACUUCACUGGCUUAG